CGAGUGAUAAUAACCCGACGCUGCUACGGCUAUCGGUUGACCCCAAGACGAAGAAGUUCUUGCAGCAGCAUAAGGGUAAAUUGUUGCUUAAGGUGAAGCUAAAUGGGAGAAAAGCGGAGAGUUUAUUCCAAUAGAUACCAUUCGAAUCGUACUCAUCUGCGGUUUGUGACGGUGUUAAGACUCUUAAAGAAGCGACAUGAAAUCUAUCUCCUUGCCUGUACUUAUCUUCCUGCUAACUGGUGCAACGGUUGUCUUCAGCAUCAAGCAAUAUCGUAAUCCUUACGAAGGUAUGUGUAUAUCUGUGUAUCUUGUUUUGGGUUGCUAUAAUUUCAUUUCUAACAAAUCUUUGUUGAUGUUUGCAGCGGUUCAAGGAUGCCUACAGUAUGACAACGCUCCCGACUAUAAUGAAACUUUGGAAUAUGCUGCGACGGACAACUUUAGACACGUUGGACGUACAGAAACCUCAAAGUAUAUUCGAGUGGGGAUGGUUGGACUCACCGAUGGCGCAAUACGCUACGGAAAUGUUCCUUAUCCCUAUGAAGAGAGUGUCAUCGAAAUUUAUCUUUCCGGAUCAACAGACCAAAAGUCGGAGAUAAAUCGUCAAAUACGUUCCGGCACCGCUGACUACAUAAAUUCUCAAAUAAAGGCCCAGUCGACUCCAAACAUCAUGUCCAAAACACACCCAUUGAUGUUCCGUUUAGAGGUAUUUGAUAAUGGUAACGUUAAGUUGACGAAAGAUGGCCAGAAGAAACCGUUCCUGGAGUACAUGGAUAACUACAAGUUACAAUUGGAUUACAUAGGGUUUCCUAAGUGGAAUCAUGAGGUUUUCUAUUACUAUGACUGUCCAUUAAAUACUGAUUCGAAUAGCAUUGACGACACGGUACUGCUUAAGUGUAAUUUGGCUUAG